AUGCUCAGUGAGAUCCAUAGAGUUCUACUAACGUACCUAAGAUCUGUAAAAUCUAUAAGCUUACCAAGUUUACUCGACGCGUUUAGGUUAAUAUGUCAAAGGCUAGAUAAUGGAGUAUCGGAAAAAGCUAUAAUUCCCAAUCGAGAUAUAUUAGAAGAGUAUAUUCGAGAUAUCAAUGCAGAAAUAACCAAACAAGGGUUCAAGAUUGACCGCAAAAAUGACGAGUUGAACGGUACUUUGUAUUUUGUGUUUACAAAUACUGUUUGUGACGAGAUUAUCAAGAAUAGUACAACUUACACCGUGCCCGAGUUGGUCACUAUCAAGAUGAUUAUUGAAGAAAUUGUCGAAUCUCCAGAUUAUGCGUUUUCCAAUCUGAGAAUAAGGGCACAACAAACAGUUUCCGGGUGUCUCAACAAGUCGCUUAAGGAAUCAAGCACUUUUGUAGAUAAGUUGAUCGACGACGGCUGGUUUGAUGCAACUUUGGACGAUAAAUUGGUUUUAUCGAUUAAGAGUUUAUGCGAAUUGAAACAGUACUUAAUUGAGACGUAUGGUAGCUCCGAUCUGGAAGAAGGUAAGUUGUUAAUAUGCCCCCAAUGCAAAGAGUUGGUUACUUUGGGGUUCUGCACUGCUCAAGGAGAGGGAUUCCAUAGAAAAUGCUAUGAUAUUUAUUGCCGGAACAAUGGAUUAGAAAAAGUACAAGAAAACCAAUUGUCCAGAGUAGGACCCGAUCCAACAACCUUAUAA